GUGGGCCUGCUGCAGGCCAACAUCAUCAUCUGCGGACUGCUGCUCCGGCCCAUCCUCAUCCGUGCACCGGGAUCCCCGCAGGCGGCCCCCCAGGAGCUGCGGAAGGAGGUGCAGUGCAUGCUGGAGAACGAGAAGACGCGCACCUCCAUCGACUCCAUCGACUCCGGAGUGGAGCUCACUACCUCACCUAAGAAUGUGCCUGGCCCCGCCGGCGUGGCGCCCGAGCCCGGGGCGGAGGCGCAGCAGGGCCUGGUGAAGGGCGGCUCCAGGCAGAGCCAGGCGCAGGGCCCCCUGCUCGACUUCUCCAUUUUGCGCGAGAAGAGUUUCAUCUGUUACGCACUGUUUGGUCUUUUUGCCACCCUGGGCUUCUUCGCGCCCGCCCUGUACAUCAUCCCUCUGGGCGUUAGCCUGGGCCUCGAGCAGGAGCAGGCGGCCUUCAUCCUGUCCACCAUGGCCAUCGCCGAGGUCUUCGGGCGGAUCGGAGCCGGCGUGGUCCUCAACAGAGAGCCCAUCCGGAAGAUCUACAUCGAGCUCUUCUGCGUCCUCUUACUGACCGCCUCCCUGUUUGCCUUCACAUGUGCUACUGAAUUCUGGGGUCUGAUGUCCUGUAGCGUCUUCUUUGGGUGCAUGGUGGGGACCGUGGGCGGCACCCACAUCCCGCUGCUGGCGGAGGAGGACGUUGUGGGCAUCGAGAGGAUGGCCUCCGCUGCUGGCGUCUACGUCUUCAUCCAGAGUGUGUCAGGCCUGGCCGGGCCCCCGCUGGCAGGUCUGCUGGUGGACCAAAGCAAAGUGUACAGCAGGGCCUUCUACUCCUGCGCGGCUGGCAUGUUGCUGGCGGCUGUGUGCCUGGCCCUGGUGAGACCCUGCCGGCAAGGGCUGUGCCAGCGCCCUCAUCCCAGGCAAGCCAAGGCAGAGGGCCGGCCCGGGAACGCUUUACAAGACAUCCCCGAGGAGUUUCUGGAAAUGGACCUCGAGAAGAAUGAGCAGGGCCUGCAGAUGCAAAAGAUGCCCAUCUGACUGGCUAUCCUGCGACGGUCGCCCCGCCACUGCCGGGUGGGAGGGUGCAGGGUGAGGCGAGCAGCUAACGUUGCGCCCUCCUUUCAAAAUACCUUUGAAGCGGACCCUACACGGGGGCUUCACCAAGACGGUGGGGAGAGAGUCCAUGCACGACCUUUCCAUUCCCUUUGCCCGCCAGCUUUCUGAUGCCCCCCCACCCCACGUGGGAUCAACAGGACGCCCUUCUGUUUACUUUUCCCAAGCAUCCUUCCUGACCUCCAUCCAGCUAGAUUCCGCCCUAGCAAGACAGAGGCCUCUCUGGUCCAGUUUUCAAAUCGUGAUUUGAAUUGGCAAAGUCGUUUUAAAAACUCUCCCUGGUGACCAACGAUAGUCAUCAAAUAGCAAUUCACCCCGGUCACUGCAAGGAAAUUGGCCACCCCCUCCUCAGAAAGAAAUCGUCCUGGCUAAUUUUCAAGAUGACCAAUAAAUUGUUAAAUACCCUUUGGUUAACACAGGGGCCCUGGUGGCAUGGUGGGUUAAGCAUUGGCCCGCUUACCACAAGGCCAGCA